AUGAAGUCAGCACUUGGUUGCGUACUCAGUGCCCUUGUGGCGAGUGUGUACGCCUCCUCUCUCCAUGCUGUACGACACUCCCCUCCCCAUGCUCCACGACAAAUACCGCCACAGCUCGACUACAAUCUCCUUCCUCGGGCGGCUUGUGACAACACAAACAAAUCACGACACUGCUGGGGGAACUACUCCAUCGAUACAAACUAUUACGAUGAAACACUAGACACAGGGGUCACUCGCGAGUAUUGGUUAUCGGUGGAAGAAGGAUCUUGUGCGCCAGAUGGUUACGCUCGCCAAUGUCAAACGGUCAACGGGACGGUUCCGGGUCCUACGAUAAUCGCCGACUGGGGUGACAGUCUUGUCAUUCAUGUCACCAACAACCUCAAGUAUAACGGUACCGCUAUCCACUGGCAUGGUCUUCGCCAGUCUGGUAGCAACAUCUACGACGGAGUUCCAGGCAUUACUCAAUGCGCCAUUGCGAUUGGGCAGUCCAUGACUUACAGGUUUAAGGUCACCCAGUAUGGGUCAAGCUGGUACCACAGUCACUUCAGUCUCCAGUACGCGAACGGUGUGUUUGGUGGCAUCGUUUUUAACGGACCUGCGACAUCCAACUAUGACGAGGACCUGGGCCAUCUCUUCCUGUCAGAUUGGUCCCACGUUGAUGUCUUCACUCGGUGGUUUGCCGCCCGGAAUGGUCAGCCUCCUGCCCUGGAGAGUGGUCUCAUCAAUGGGACGAACAAAUACGACUGCAGCAACUCAACAACUGACCCGAAUUGUACCGGACGAGGAGUCAAGUUGACAACUGUGGUUGAGAAGGGCAAGAAGUACCGCCUUCGCUUGGUCAAUGCGGCUGUCGAUGGUGUGUUUCAGUUCAGCAUUGACAAGCACAAGCUGAAAGUCAUUGCCGCUGAUCUCGUUCCCAUCAAGCCCUACACUACCUCGAGUUUGAAACUCACCGAGGGCCAGCGGUACGAUGUUAUUUUGCACGCCAACCAAGCGGUCGACAACUACUGGAUACGUGCUGGGUGGUUGAACGUCUGUCAGCCAAAUGAACAUCCGGACAGCAUCACCUCUGUCCUUCGGUACAAUGUUAGCAGCACCUUAGACCCGACUACGACCAGCGAUGUCACGGUUAGCAGCGAUUGCCUUGAUGAACCUCUGGCAUCACUUGUCCCCCAUCUCAAGAUCGACGUCACCAACAUCCAAAAGAGUUUUGACACGUACUUGAACAUCUCGAAGCAAGUCGAUUACAUUCAUUGGACCAUCAACACCAGCAGUCUGGUCAUCGACUGGGCCAACCCAACCCUGAAACAAGUGUUUAACGGCGAAAAGCUCUUUCCAACCGAAUACAACGUUCUCGCUAUCAAUAAAACGACCACUGACAGCGAAUGGAUUGUCCUCGUCAUCCAAGACGAAUCUAACCUCAAUCUCGAACACCCAAUCCACCUACACGGCCACGACUUUUGGAUCCUCGACCAAUCCACCGGCACGUUCGACGCCGCCAACUCGCCGAAGAAUUUCCAGACCAAGAACCCCCCGCGCCGCGACGUCGCUGCUCUGCCAGGUAACGGGUAUCUCGCCAUAGCGUUCAUGCCUGACAACCCCGGCGCGUGGCUCUGUCACUGCCACAUUGCUUGGCACGCGAGUGAAGGCUUGAGCUUGGAGUUUCUGGAGCGCGAGGCGGACAUCAAGGCGGACGUGACCGAUUCAGAUCUCACGCAGUUCAAUGACAUUUGUCAGACCUGGUCGGAUAGCUUGGGCACUCAGGCUUUUCCGCAGGAGGAUUCUGGUAUUUGA